AUGGAUAACGACCCCGAAUCGAACCCGCCGCUGAAGCACCUACACACCACAGACCAGGCCGCCCAAGAUGCGCAGGACCUCGCCUACCUCGGCCACGACCAGGCCCUCUCGCGGAAAUUCAGCACCAUGAGCAUGCUCUUCCUCGCCAUGUCCGUCCUCGGCACCUGGUCGACCUUUGCCCAGGGACUCUCGAGCGGUCUCACGAGCGGCGGGCCCAUCGCCAUCCUCUGGGGCCUCGUUCUCGUCACCUUCUGCAACAUAUGCGUCGCCGUGUCGCUGGGCGAGCUCUGUAGCAGCAUGCCGACGGCCUUGGGACAGGCGUACUGGAUUUUCCGCCUCUCGCCUGGCCCGAUGGGCCGGUUCAUGUCCUACCUCUGCGCCUGGAUCAAUACCUUUGGAUGGUGGACACUGUCCGCCUCGCAGCUUGCCUUCAUGACUAACUUUAUUCUGAGCAUGAAGGUCCUCUUCGUCAACGACUGGGCCGGAGCUGGUGUCGGAUGGAUCAAUUUCCUGCUUUAUAUCGCCGUCACUCUGGUGGUAACGGUCGUCAACCUCAUCGCUUGCCGGAGAGAUGCCAUCCUACCCGCCUUCAACAACUUCAUUGGAAUUUGCUUCAUCGGGCUCUUUUUCGUUUUCAGUCUGGCGCUCCUAAUUUCCGUGGGCGUGAAGCCGGAUCUGCAUUUUCAGCCUGCUUCGUUCGUUUUUGGACAAUGGAUCAACCAGACUGGCUGGGGAGACGGCGUUACCUGGUUCACCGGCCUCGUCCAGGCUGCAUAUGGGCUCACUGCCUUCGACUCAGCUGUCCAUCUUGCCGAGGAAAUCCCCGCACCUCGCAAGAACAUUCCCCGCGUUAUCUGGCUCUCGGUCGUCCUUGGAGCUAUUACUGGGUUCAUUUUCAUGGUAUGCUGUCUAUUCAGCAUCCAAGACCUUGAUACCGUCUUGAAUCCCGUCACCGGUCUGCCCUUCAUGGACCUUUUGAAUGAGGCUGUCGGGCUUCAAGGGGCUACAGUGCUUCUGUCUCUGUUCAUCUUCAACGGCAUGGGUCAGGCUGUCAGCAUUGUUACGACCGCUUCCCGUCUGACUUGGGGCUUCGCCAGAGACGGCGGGAUCCCAUGGAGCCCCUAUUUCUCCAAGGUCAACGAGGCCUGGAGGGUACCAGCACGCGCCUUGUGGCUACAGGGUGCCAUCAUCGGGCUCGUCGGCGUCCUCUAUACGUUUGCCUCCACGGUGCUCGAGGCGAUCCUGAGUGUCAGUACGAUCGCCCUGACGGUCUCGUACGCGAUGCCCAUUAUAACCGUUCUUCUCGUCGGCCGCGAUAAGCUCCCGCCUGGAGAGUUCAGGCUGGGGCGGCUUGGCCCCGUCAUCAACUGGAUCUCGGUCAUCUACUGCGCGAUUACUACCGUCUUCUUCUUCUUUCCUUCAGAGCCUAGUCCAGCGCCGGCCGAUAUGAAUUACGCGAUCGCCGUGUUCGGAGUUAUGAUGGUGGUGACACUGGGUUUCUGGGUGGUCAAGGGGCGGUAUACGUAUCUGCAAACUGCGGAUGCCGAGGUGCGGAUCAUUGAGGCGCAGAAUGCCGAAGUUGCGACUUCUUCUGUUCCUCGUAAGAACUGA